UGUCUUAACUGUCAUUAGUUGUUAUAUUGAGUGGGAGCUAGCGUUUAAUUAGUUGCUUGUCUAGUUAUUGCCUACACCAACGUUCAUAUUAUAUUUUUAUUAGUUGAUUUGUUUAUUGUUUGACGUUGUUCAUCGUCUGAUCUGUGAUUGUAUUUUAUCAGCUGUAUAGUUAGUGUAGGUUGAUGAUUGCAUAGGUGUUGCCUAUAUCAAUUAAAUCUUCUGACUUUUAAGUAACCAAUUUAAUUGCUACUGCUUAAUCAUUAUCAUUUGGCAUCGUUGCUCAACGUUUUGCAUUGUGUGACUUCAUAUUGAUUAUUUUAAUUGGUUGAGCUUGCUCGUGCUCUUGCAUUUGAUCUGUUCUGUAUCAUAUUGACGUUCAACAACUAAUCAUAUUCUGCUUUGAUUGAUUACUGUGGUUAGGCUCACCUGUGCAUACUAGUGUAUUAGUAACAUGGGUGACGUAGAACGGGAUACUCGAGCCAAGGAGCGAACGAUACUGCGUCGAGAUGGUGUCGUGGCCAGGAUUCACCAUAUUCAUCAACUGGCUACUAAUUUAGCAACUAACCAGGCUGUUCGGCCUCAGUUAGCUGUUGCUAUUCAGGACCUGGAUGCAUUGUGGGCCAGUUUUGAGGUAGAAAAUAAUGAUUUGUUGUCAAUCCUAUCUAAUUUGAAUUUGCUGACAGAGUUUCCAGUAGGGUUGGAUGUUGAGAUCCGUUCGUUAGUAGUGGAAAUUAAGGCUGUGUGGAAUGAAGCGCAACCGGCUUUAGGUGUGAGCGUUGGUACCGUUCAGCGAGUGACGUAUGAGACCACUGGUGACAAUUCGAGUACUUCUGCUGGGUCGGGAGGCCGUAAAUACACGGAAAAUAAUCAAACGGACCGUCAGAUUGCGGAAUUCUUGUGUCAAGUUACGGACCGUCAGAUUACGGAAAAAAAAAUAGCGCGAACCGUCAGAUUACGGACCGUUAAAUACCGGAAUUAAAAAAUGUACGGACCGUAAUAUGACGGAAAACCUUAAUAUCACGGACCGUAAUAUGACGGAAAGUAAAUGCAUGGACAGUAAUAUGACGAACUGUCACAUUACGGAAACUGAAAAGCUAGUAACUUUUUUUUUGUAAUUUGGUUGGUACCACCGGUUUAGAUGGAAACUCGGCAAACAGCACAAGAUGGCGUGUCGUGUCGAUCAAAAAAAGUGUUCAGCUUUUUUUAACCAAAAAUACUCUUUAUUUUAAAACAGCAUUAUCAGAUGUUUCGCUCUUGUGGCUACAUUGUGUUUUCCUGUUUUCGCCUCAAUAUUGUAAAACAGUUUGUUAGGCUUCGUGGAGAUGAUUCAUUUUCUCAUGGCUAAAUGCCUAAAUAACUAUUUAGCCGUUCAUCAUUUCCUAAUGUUGUUUGGUUGUCAUGUGAAUAUAUUAUUUUCAUGGGAAAAAAGGAACAAAGAUGCCCAAACUUGAUAAAAUUAUAGGUACGUAAUAGGAACUAGAGACACUACCAAGCAUGUCAUACACAAAUUUCUAUUGUCUGGCGGCUGAGGUACAUUUGGUGAAUCUGGAGGGUUCAUAAUUGGCGGUGAACCUGGUGCAUUAUAAAACGGUUGAUUCAGAUCCAAUUGCAAGUCAUUAUUUUCCAUUGGCUGUGGAUCAAUAACAUUGGGAAUGUGAUCUGGUACUGGAACUUCAUCUGCUGGAACAUUGUGGUCUGAUUCAGCAUCAACAUCAGCAUUGUGCAUUCUCAAAGCCCAGGUUCGCUGCCUUAAUUCAUAUGCUGCGCUGGUAUACGAACAACGCAGAAGAAAUUGCCAUAUGGAUAUUUGUCCUAAUUGGUAUUGCUCUGUAGCAUAUUUGAUCCUGUGAGAGUUAGCCAAAAACUUGGUCCUCACAUGCCUAGUGGGACGUAAGUGGUUCAAAAUUUGCUGAUUGACCAAAUGAUAACUGGUACUCAAAGAAGUUAAAGCGUCUAUUCAAAAAUUACAAAAUAAAAUAG